UGACCACAAUGAUCAAAAGCGGGGUACGCAGAAGGUAACACCAUCAUCAUGCCUUCUCAACAGCCUCAGAUCUCAGACUUGCCAUCUAUAACAACUUAUCUCACCGGCCACAAUGAUACCGGCAAAGCAAUUGUCGAAGCAACACGCCCUGCAAACUGGACCGUCUACGACAACAAAGAGAUGGCCUUCAACGUCGCCUACACGACCUCUCAAUUCCCAGCAGACCUCAACGAUAACGCUGAUAUCAAGACCUACGACCACGUAUUGUCAUCCGGCAAACUCGGUCUGGUAAACCCUCACGGCACAGUUUGUCGCACGGUAGACUUCGCCCCAGGUUUUGAGUGCAUGAUGCACAGAACGCAAAGUCUGGAUUAUGGCAUCGUGAUUCAGGGAGAAAUUGAAUUGGUCUUGGACUCUGGAGAGAGACAGCUGAUGGGACCGGGUGACAUCGCUGUGCAGAGGGCGACUAUGCACAGUUGGAGGAACCCGAGUAGUGACAAGUGGGCCAGGAUGACUUUUGUGUUGCAAGAUUGUGAGAAAUUGGUUGUUGGUGGUGAAGUGAUGAAGGAGGAUCAUGGUAGAGGUACUGAUGGAUUGCCUAUGAGUGGUAAUGAUUCGUAA